AUGGCGACUGGCCGAAUCAAUGUAGCUCCAAUGGCGCCAUUUGAUCCUAUGUCCGAUCCAAACUCUCUCAGUCAGCGCUGGAAAAAGUGGAAACGACGAUUUGAAACAUAUCUUGUUGCUCUGAAUGUGACUGAAAAGAAACAAAAGCGGGCUCUCUUGUUGUACCAAGCUGGCCAAGAGACUCAGGAUAUUUUUGAUACCCUUGUUGAUAUCGGCGAAGACGACGACUAUGAUUCCGCUAUCGCUGCCCUCGAUACGUAUUUUUCACCUAAAAAACAUGUCGAUUUUGAAAUUUUUAAGUUUCGUGAAGCCAAACAACAACCACAUGAAACAAUCGAUCAGUUUUCAACUCGUCUUAGGAAGCUGGCGGCAACCUGUGACUUCGAAAAUAUCGACAAAGAAGUAAAAUCGGCCAUAAUUCAAAACUGUUUAUCGAAACGUCUACGACGCUACGCCCUGCUUGACUCGGAAGUUACGCUAGCCAAGAUUCUCGCAAAAGGCAGAGCUUUUGAACUCAGUGAAUCGCAGGCAACCGGCAUUGAAAACGCACUUGACUCAACACACAUGACGAAGUAGUUGAAGCUGUCCAUCCUACAACGAAACAUAACAACUAUCGUGAUAAACAACAUACAUCGUUUCACCGCCAAGACUUUUACACCUCAUCAGAGUGUCGGAAUUGUGGGGGGCCUUGGCCCCAUAACAACAAUAUUUGUCCCGCGAAAGGAAAAUCUUGUCUGAACUGUGGAAAAUCAAACCAUUUUGCGAAAGUCUGUCGUAGUGCUCGCAAGGCUCGCGUCGGUCAACAAGAGAAUCGAAGGCCUUCAAAAAAAUACCACAAAAACAAAGUUCACAAGAUUUAUGGCAAACCCUCCAGCAGUGAAAGCAGUAGCGAGGAUGAAUUUAUUUUUACUCUGAAACCGACAGGUAGAGACAAAACAACUCCACAGGUUCAAAUCUCAGUCAACACCACCCCUAUCAACAUGGUUAUCGACACUGGUGCUUCCAUCGACAUCAUCGAUGAACUUGCUUUCAACACCUUGCAAAAACAGAGACCCAUAGCCCUUCAACGUUCCAAACCACGUAUUUUUGCAUAUGGAGCUACAAACCAGCUACCUGUUAUGGGACAAUUUCGUGCAACUCUAGAAUGUUUGACUGGUGCAACAACCACGCAAGUUCAUGUUAUCAAAGGAAAUUUUGGUUGUUUGCUAAGCUAUCAAACGGCAUCUGCUUUGGGUCUAAUCAUGCUGAAUGUUAACAAUGUGAAACCGGAACAUGCCACCCAUGAACAACUGAUGAAAGAGUAUGCCCAUCUGUUCAACGGAAUUGGCACUCAAUCAAAAUUUUGA